CUCACUCCUCGUCCAGGGAACUCCGUGCAUGACCAGAGAUCCAGCACAAGAGAAACUGAAUGACAUCUGAUCUUUGUCAGAUGAUACCAAUGAAGGCGAGGACAGGGACAGGCUUGUAUUCACUUGCUUGCCUUCUCAUGAUCAGUAGUGUCUGUUCUACCUGUGUUCCCUUGAUGUGUCUAAACUGCAACUUAACCCACUCACCUGGAAUAUCUGCUGCGGGAUUACCAGACAAUGCCAUCUGUGACAUCCUGUGCUCAGACACUACCCAAUGCUGCAAUGCUACUGUUCAACAGUACUGCUCAAAAGAUUUUAAAGUGUUACUGAACACCAGUUCUGGGUUCAAAGUGCAGGAGGGUGGUAACCUCGACAUUGAGUGUUCCCAUAACCUGCCGGUGGAUCCAAAAAGCCCGCUGGUGUUUGUCUGGCUGUUGGAUGGCGUCCACCUGAAGGGCAAGAACAGUAGCCAGCUCACCGUGAAGAAGGUUGGUAUAGAUACCUCUGGCAAGGAGAAAUAUGCCUGCACCAUCCAGAGUCCCUGUGGCAACUUCACAUCAGAACCAAAGGAGAUUGAAGUUGAAGGAGUGACAAUGUUGGUCAUAGUGAUCUGUGGUGUGUCUGCUGUGGUGCUGAUCCUGGCCAUGGGUAUAGGCAUGAAGAUCAUGCUGAAGAUGGAAUUUGCGAAGACAAAGAACAGGAGGCAGCAGAAUGCUCAGAACCUACAGAGAACUACAACAGAGUAGUGUUUCAUUUUCUGCAAAUGCCACCAAAUGUCCGACAUGAGAAAAUGGCAAAAAGUUGACAUGAUUACACUGUAAAUGGAUAAAUAUGUAGCUAACAAUUUUAUUGUUGUAUUUGCAAUUUAAUCAACAUAAUUUUAUCUCAGUCACAGUGUUGUUAACAUGGAAGAGCCACAGAUAUGUUGAUCCUCUGGCAGUGCCACACAUCAAGUUUGGCGAUUUGUCCCAAUAAAUAAUAUGCCAAAUUCAUGAUA